AUGAUGUCCCGCUCCGUCGCCUCGCUCCGCGCCGCUGUGCGCCCCGCCGUCGCCGCCCCCAUGGCCGCGCGUGCGUCGCCCGUCGCCGCUGCCCGUGUGCGCUUCUACGCCGACGCCGCCGAGGGUGCCAAGGCGGAGCUGACAGACGACGAGAAGAAGAUUGCCGACCUCGAGGCCAAGGUCAAGGAGCUUACCAAGGAGAUGCAGUACAUGCGUGCCGACUACCAGACGCUGUCGCGCCGUUCGUCCGAGGAGAAGGCCAAGGCAUCCGACUUUGCCAUCAUGGGCUUUGCCCGCGCGCUCCUGUCCACCACGGACGUGCUCGCCACUGCGCUCAAGCACGUUCCCCAGCCCAUCGAGAAGGGCUCGCCGCUCGCAACGCUCUUUGACGGUGUGGAGCUCACCCAAAAGGCCCUGCACAAGACGUUUGAGACCCACGGCAUCGCGCCCAUGGACGAGCUGCUCGGCGCCCAGUUUGACCCCAACCUCCACGAGGCCACCUUCCAGGUUCCCUCGCACGUCGCGCCCAAGCGCACCGACGGCGAUGCCCCGGCCCCCGGCGAGGUCAUCGACGUCGCCAAGGGCGGCUGGACCAUCAAGGGCCGCGUCCUCCGCCCCGCCCAGGUCGGCGUCGUCCAGAUGGAGUAA